CGAACUAGGAAGACACCGUUUAUUACGUAAGCAUUACCAACGCCGGUAUAAGAUUUUUUAACUAUUAUUUAUAUUAAAAACUUUAUCAAUUUCGAAACGAUCAACGAAUUAUAUAUGUAAAAUUUUUGAUUGCAUGAACCGAUAGUGUAUAAAAAAUGGCAUCACAAUUCUUCAAUCGACUAGGUCAAUUUGGAUUAGGAAUGAGUCUUGUUGGUACGGCUAUUAGCACUGCGCUGUAUAAUGUCGAUGGAGGACAUAGAGCAGUUAUCUUCGACAGAUUUGCUGGUAUCAAAAGUCUUGUGGUAGGAGAAGGAACACAUUUUUUAAUUCCUUGGGUACAAAAACCUAUUAUCUUUGAUAUACGUUCAAGACCACGAAACGUUCCUGUUGUUACCGGUAGCAAGGAUUUACAGAAUGUGAACAUUACACUUCGUAUUCUCUUUAGACCAGUACCUGAUUCGUUACCUAAAAUAUACAAUGUUUUGGGUUUUGAUUAUGAUGAGAGAGUACUACCAUCUAUUACAACUGAGGUAUUGAAAGCUGUUGUUGCACAGUUUGAUGCUGGAGAAUUGAUUACUCAACGUGAAUUAGUCUCUCAAAAAGUUAGCGAAGAUCUAACUGAAAGAGCUUCGCAGUUUGGUCUUAUUUUAGACGAUAUAUCAAUUACGCAUUUAACUUUUGGAAAAGAAUUUACUCAUGCUGUAGAAUUGAAACAAGUCGCUCAACAGGAAGCAGAAAAAGCUCGUUUCUUAGUAGAAAGAGCUGAACAACAAAAGAAAGCAGCUAUUAUUACAGCAGAGGGUGAUGCUCAAGCUGCUAGUUUAAUAGCAGAAUCUCUUGGGAAUGCUGGUGAUGGUCUUGUUGAACUUAGAAGAAUUGAAGCUGCCGAAGAUAUCACAUUUAAUUUAGCAAACUCUCGGCAAGUAACGUAUUUACCAUCUGGACAAAAUGUAUUGCUGAACUUACCGCAGUAAAAGAGAAAGUAUGAAAUGAGCAAAAAAUAUAUAUAUAUACGUAUAUAUGUAUGUAUAUACAUAUAUAUGUAUAAAUUAAGCAUUUACAUCGUAAAGGAAGGCAUUUUGAUGUUGAUAACGUAAUUGAAUGUGGCAAAAAAUUCCCUGGAAGUGUUGCAUAGCAGGAAUAUAUAGAAUUUCAUAAUACUUUAGUUAUUUUGCAAAUUUGUAUUAUUUCUUUUUUCUUUUUUCUUUUUUUUUUUUUUUUUAUAAUUAUAUAUACUCCUAUUCCUUUUAUCGAGUGUUGUAAAUAUCUUUCAAAAAAAUCUUUCUGUGGCGAAUUAAUAAUCUGGCCUAUCAUUUUUAGGCAAUUAUUACUUUAUUAUUAAAUAAUAGGAAAUAGUUAAAAAAAAAAAAAAAACGAAUUGUUCGCAGCAAAAAAAAAACAUCUUUUUUUGUUAUUUAGAAAAUACUGAUCAAGUUAGUAAUUACAAGAAUGGUAUUAUCUUAAAUCGAUUAUUCUUUAAUAGUUUUGCUAUUCAUUGAUUAUUUAGAGAUAACUCUUGGAUAUUGAUGAUAUUUUUAUAUAAAUAUUCUUCAUAAGGUAUUAGCAGUUCUCGAAAUUUUUUCUUCCAUUCGUAUAUUCAAAAGUAUUGUGGAUAAUGAACGAAACAAGACUAAUAAUAUGAAAUGACUAAGAAAUAUGCACACCGUUAAAAAGUAAUUUGGCAUAAGAUCUACAUAAAGAAAAUCAUUUUCAAUUUGCCAUUUUUGAAUAAAAACUAAGAGGAUGUUGAUGAAAUAAUAAUUACGUAUAAAAAAUUGUACACUUGUUGAUGAAUAUCACGCUUUGUUAUAAUAUUGUUCAUAGUAUUGAAACAUUUAUUUGAGAUAAUUUUGAUAUUUUAUUAUAUAUUUUUCAUGCGAAGCGUUCAUUCUUAAAAAUCUUAUUGCUAUUUAUCACAAUCAAUAUGAAAUUUCUUUAAUUACGAAGUUCAUCGGAUGCUUCAUCUCCAAUUAAAUGUUUCUGCUCUUAAGAUCGUAAAGUUAGAAUUCUUUUACACGUCGAGAAGGUCGUGCAACGUUAUUCUUUGAUCGCUUAUUGCGACCGGUCGUGCAGCGAAUCACGAUGAUCAAUCAAGGAGCCGAAAUUGAUGAGAGAUUAUCUCAGUCGGUGUGCUUUCGUCUCGCGUCUGUCGGCAGAACCUGUUAACAGAGAAAACAAUCCAUCACAAUUUGCCGAUCACCGCGGGGUACCUUACACAGGUGGUCUUCGGUAAAAAUUCGAGUCAUAUCCAAGGAAAUUUACCGUAUAUCGUAACGUACAUAAAGCUUCUGUAUAUAAAUUAUUCAAGAAAUAUGAGAAAAGAUAUGAAAUUUA